AGUAUAGAAGAUAGAAGGGAGGAAACAUAGGCAUACAGUAUAUGCUAACUGCCUGAAGGAAACUUUCUAGAGCGAGCCAGCGAACGAGAGAAGGAUGGCCUCUUGCCUUCACGAUCACGACUGCGGAGAUCACGAUUGCUCUUCUAGCUGGUCUCUCUAUAAACACAUUGACCUCUCCAAGGUAACUGCUCUGAAUGAGGCUCUCAGAGGAAGUGUGAAGUCAGUUUUUAAACCGUGGGAGCAACGGCUUAAUUCAUCUGAGGGUUACUUGGAGAGCAAUGAGGGUGAUCCUGAAUUGAUUGUCUUCAUCCCAUUUACUUCAGAUGUUAAAAUCAAGAGCAUUGCAAUUGUUGGUGGUGUUGAUGGAACAAGUCCUUCUAAGAUGAGAGUGUUUGUUAACAGAGAGGGUAUAGACUUUGCAGAUGCUCAAACUAUACAACCAGUUCAGGAGUGGGAUUUGGCUGAAAAUUUACAAGGCGUUUUAGAGUAUCAAACAAGGUACUCUAAGUUCCAGAGUGUAGGGAAUAUCACCUUGCAUUUCCCUGAAAGUUUUGGUGCAGAUGUUACUCAAAUCCAUUACAUUGGAUUGAGAGGAGAAGCUACACAGAUGAAGAGGGAUGCUGUUGCAAAUAUUGUCUAUGAACUCAUGCCAAAUCCUUCUGAUCACAAGGCUCGCGGGGAGAGCGGUGGUGGGCUUUCACACGUGGAGUAGUAAAGACGGAGGAAGAGAUGCAUGCAUGUAUGUAUGUAUCUAUCUAUGUGGCUGUGGGUUAAAUGCGUCAAACCCCCUCGUGAAAUAUAAAACCGGCGCAUUAGCCCCUUGUGAUUUAAAAAAUGCGUCAAACCCCUCUAUGUUUUAAUUAAUCAUGCGCAAAAUCCCCUUCAAGAACAAAUUUUUCAAUUUUGAAAUCAUGUUUUUUAAUAAUAUAGUUGAAUAUGUAAGUAACUUUGUCAAAAUUUCUAAAUUAUACAAAAAAACUAAUCAUUUUUCAUCUUUUUUGAAAUUAAAUUUGUUCUUGGAGGGGGUUUGGCGCAUGAUUAAUGAUAACACAGGGGGGUUUGACGCAUUUUUUAAAUCACAGAGGGCUAAUGCACCGAAUUUAUAUUUCACGAGAGGGUUUGGUGGGUUAAACCCAUGUGGCUGUGCUAUCGUCAUAUAUAUGCAAUGCGAUUAGUGGCAACUGGUGACAGUCCAGCCACCUAGGAACCUCAACUACUUGAUACUUAUUGUACACUGCACUAACGAGUUUUACAUUGCAUUGCAUGUGGUACUCCGUAAUUUUAAGGAUAUGCUUG